AUGGCUGCUUCAGAAGAAGGAUCUAGCUGUUUUCUCCCCAGAGGCAGGUCACAGAGUGACCCCAACAUCCUCAGUGACAACGCGGACACUGAAGCCGGACAGCACCAAGAGGACAUGGAUCAGUCCCCUGCAGUGCGCUCCGAAUAUCUGGUCUCAGGGAUUCGAACUCCUCCCGUCCGAAGAAACAGCAAGCUUGCAACAUUGGGCAGGAUCUUCAAACCAUGGAAAUGGAGGAAAAAGAAAAAUGAGAAACUAAAGCAGACAUCAGCAGUGUUAGAGAAGAAGACAGCUGCCAGGCAAGGUCGGGACGAGCUAAUUAAGAAAGGCCUUCUGGAAAUUAUGGAACAAGAUUCUGAAGUCAAAGCGUGCACUGCUGAUGGUGCCACCAGAGCAAUGCUGAGUGACCCUUCAUCCCCCUCAUGCCAGGCACUUACCUCAGAAGAGACGCAGCAGGAGCAUAGAUCAGCCACAACCAAUGCCACCUCAUUUGGCAAGGAGCUGCAUUCGGAAGAGCUGAGAGAAGAUUCAGCCAAGAAGACAUCAGCUUCCUCAGACGAACGAGAAAAUGCCAUCCUGCCCGCUUCUGAAGGGAAUCCACAAGCCUUACUUCGUUCUGAAUCGAUGGAAUCGUCCCAGAACCAGACGGAAAGGAACCCAGCACAGCUCCCCAGCCCUCCUCCAUCACUUCCGAUUCCACCACCUAAGACAGCACCCAAAGUCUCAAAGAUUGUACCAGCAGGAGGUGAAGUAGACGAGCCAGCCUUGAAAUCCCCUCCAUCUACCUUGUUGAAGAACUAUGUCAUUGUUGGUUCCUCCCAACUCUCAGGACAAGCUGCUCCCUUCCAGCCCUCAGGCCAGAAAGUCUCCGACCCCCACCUCAGAGGACAGCAUACAACGCCAACCAGCUCCCCUCACCUAGCUGCCGUCCACCUGCCUUUACCUCCCAGCCGAGUCAUUGAGGAACUUCACAGAGCUCUUGCCACCAAGCAUCGGCAGGAUAGCUUUCAUGGAAGGGAAAACAAAGGAUCUCCCAAAAAGCGAGUGGAUGCCCGCCCAUCCAGAACACCCAGCAUUGAGCACAGCAAAGAGAAGGAUACUUCGGUGAGCUACAGCAGUGAUCCGGAGAACAAGCGGAAUUCUGUUAAGGAGUCAGAUGAGAACAAAGAGAACCUCAUCAUGAACUCUGAAAUCAAAGACGACUCAGUUUUUUAUCAGGACGAAGAGGUUUUGAACGACUCCAUAAUUUCCGGUACUUUGCCAAGAAAAUGCAAGAAAGAGUUGCUGGCAGUGAAAUUGCGGAACAGGCCAAGUAAACAGGAGCUGGAAGAUAGGAACAUUUUCCCAAGGAGGACUGAUGAGGAGAGACAGGAAAUCCGGCAGCAAAUUGAAAUGAAACUCUCCAAGAGGCUGAGCCAAAGACCUGCAGUUGAGGAGCUAGAAAGAAGAAAUAUUUUGAAACAAAGGAAUGACCAAACUGAACAGGAAGAAAGGAGAGAGAUAAAGCAGAGGCUGACCAGAAAGCUUAAUCAAAGACCUACAGUUGAUGAAUUGAGAGACAGAAAAAUCCUAAUACGAUUCAGUGAUUAUGUGGAAGUGGCAAAAGCACAGGAUUAUGACAGACGAGCAGACAAGCCAUGGACCCGGCUUUCAGCAGCAGAUAAGGCAGCAAUUCGCAAAGAGCUAAACGAAUACAAAAGUAAUGAAAUGGAGGUGCAUGCAUCAAGCAAGCAUUUGACAAGAUUCCACAGGCCAUAGAGAUUUUCUUCUGAGAAGAAUUUGUCUACUUUUUUGAUACCACUACUGAACAAGCA